AUGGACCUGGGUAAUGCCGAUUAUGUCCCGGGUGAGGACUAUAUUCUUCGUCAACGCAAAGACGCCCAGCACGCCGCUAUCCGGAAACGAAUUGUUAUUUGCUGCGACGGUACCUGGCAGUCUGCCACGUCGGGACAGAAAAACGUCCCAUCCAAUGUUACCCGCCUGUGCCGAGCCCUGAAUCACAUAGGCACAGACGAGAAGGGCGAUCAAUGGCAGCAAGUUGUCUGGUAUGAUUCAGGGGUUGGCACGACUGCAGGAGUGAUCGGAGACGUUGUGGAGGGUGCAUUCGGCCAGGGGGUGGAGCAGAAUGUUAUCGAGGCCUACAAUUUCUGUGUGCUAAACUAUAAGCCAGGCGACAAGAUUAUGUGUUUUGGUUUCUCACGCGGCGCGUACACGGCACGCACAAUUGCGGGCUUGAUUUCGGACAUUGGAAUUUGCCACAAGUCAGACUUGAACAAGUUCCCUGAUCUAUGGGCCAUGUACAAGAAAGUCAGACACGGAAAGCGGUUCGAUCGCAGUGAUCUUUGGUUUGAUUGGAGGUGGGGAAAAGCCGAUGAAAACCAGGGUGCUGGCACAAAGGACAACCGGACGUUUGUCUAUGAGCAGGUGCCCGAGGGUGAAUGGGCACAGGAUGGAUCCAAGGAGGUUGAAGUCGUUGGAGUCUUCGACACUGUCGGUGCUAUAGGAAUGCCCCAGGUUCUUGGAAUGAAAUUGCCAUCCGCAGGGAAGAAUGGCUGGCACAAUGUUGGGCUGUCACCGAAUAUCAAGCAUGCUUACCAUGCUUUGGCUCUGGACGAACAUCGUCAGGCGUUUUCUCCGUCAGUGUGGUUCCUACCAAACAAGAAAGCUACCCCCGAGGAUUGCGAAGUCAAAAAGGCGGAGGAGGAAGUGGCCAAAAAAAAGUACUGGACAGCCUUGCAGGACGCAAAGGAUCUGAAAGCAGGAGGCAAGGCCACCGACAAAGAAGUAAAUGACGCCGCCCGCGCCGUCAACGAGGCUGCGAGAGCCUGGAACAAGGCCACUCGGACACGAAUCAAGUUUGAAAAUCGAGUGGGAGUCCACUCCGAAUUGAAGCAGGUGUGGUUCCCUGGCUACCACGUAAACAUCGGUGGAGGAGACAUCGAGACAUUGCAAAAUAUCGGUGAUAUGGAAGAGAUGUCCAGCAUUACCUUUUCUUGGAUGCUCGACCAAAUCAAGGCGCAUCUUUCGAUUGAUGAGAGAUUCAUCAUUAAGGAGCACAAUGCGCGCGCGAGGGCCCUCCAAAAGAUCAAUCAGGAAUACCUUGCAGAGAGCAAGAAAGCAGGGUCUCUCAAAACCUGGAUUUAUAACACUGCCAGAGCAACGGCUUCAGUUAUCAUGCAUCCCCUGGACUCCGCGAUUGAGCCAGCCUAUAGAAAAAUUCGCGCCUAUGGCUGGGGAACGGGUGAACUGAUAGACAGCUUCACAUCCAUGUACUGGCUGAAUGGGAAAAAAUGGCGCACACCGGGAUCAUACGGCUCAAAGGAUGGCAAAGAUCUUGGCGAAACCUUCGAGUUCAUUCACCCUGUCGUGAACUUCCGGGUGGAACAAAUGAAGGAGCAAAAUCGCAAGAAUGGCAAGCACCCAUUAUACCUGCCGCUCAGCCCCGGUACCAAUUAUGAGCGACGCAGAGUAGAAGAUGCUGAAGGGAACGUGAGAUUUGAGUACUACAUGGGUAACUCGUCAAAACCCAUACCUGAGUGGAGGCUAGGUGGAAUGGACUCCUAUGAGCGGUUGGCUAUUACUGGAGAGGCUGCGUAUAUCUAUGCCGACAAAUUGGACGAGGAACUGCGGACUGGUUGCCGAACGGAGCGCUGUGCCUUUGGUAAUGACGACGAGAAAGAAUUUUGGCUGAAGCCUGUGAUUGUGCAAAAGGCGGAUGGUCUACUUACGUUGGCAACACCCGAGGAAGCGUGGGGCGAACAGUCUCAGUUAACAGCUGUUGAUGGCGAGACUCAACCCACGAAAUCUCUUUCGGAGACUACAUCGAAGUCAUUUGAGGUGGAGACCACCAGGAUGGAUGCUCCAAGCCAGGUGUCCCACACGACCUCGGUCUAUUAA